CUACCUACAUCAUUAUCAUCUCUCUCUCCCUCCAAAUCCCGUCUUACCAACCCAUCACACCACCGUCUCACCACCCCUCUCCAUCCCUCCAGACCCCCUGACUCGCGCCCGCACGCCCCGGCAGGCCCGCCCGGCGCCCUCCGCUUACCGAGUACCAAGGCAGAAGAAAUAUCACCCCAUCCUCACCCAACCAACAACACACAGCCCACCACCCCCUGCUCGGGGCCCCUAAAAAAACUCGUCUAA